AUGGCGCCUUUCCUUUUUCGACUGCUCCUCGUGCUUUUCGUGGCUGGAAGCGAUGGUCUUCGAAAGCAUCACCGAAGGCAUGGGCACAAGCGCGCGCACGUGGCCCAGGUGCAAGCUGCGCCAGAUACGAAAGCGUUGGUGUCAGAUGAACAGAUGAUGGCAGAAGAGCGAAUGGCGGAGCAGCUUGUAAAGGAAGCAGAGGAGAAGGUGGAAAAGGAGCUUGCAGCCAACACCACUACAACUAAGGAACCUACCCUCAAGGACAAAGAGAAAAAAACUGAAAGCACUUCCGAGAGCAAGUCCGAGCCGGCCCAGCCAGCACCAAAGUCGUCCGAAAGCACUGAUGGAAAGCCCGCAAAGCCUGCAAAGCAGAACGAGAAGAAGGAGGAUACCGACAAAGAUGAGAAGGAUGAUGAUGAGGAAGAGGAAGCAGACGCAGAGGACAACUCCACCUCCACGGGCAAGGAUGGCGAGAAGGACAAAGCCGCCUCCACGGGCAAGGAUGGCGAGAAGAACAACGCCACCUCAACAAAGGAGACCAAGGACAUCAAGUCCAAAUCAGGGCAGUGCACGGACAUGCAGACGGCAAAGAUUGACAAAAAAGUGCGGGAGAUUGCCAGGCAGGGCUCCAUGGCGCGCUCCGGCUCCAUGCGGCGCCAACCAUUGGCUGUUGCAGCUUUGCGCUUGCAGAUAGAUGCAGAAAGCCGCGUGCCUGACUAUUUGGCUUUGGCUUCGAGCCCGAGCCCCUCAAACAUCGCAAGCAUGGAAUCUGCCUGUGAGCCGCCGUGCUGGUUUGGCCGCGAUGGCAAGAGAAGGAAUCUUGACGCUGCUGAAGUUGCUAAGAUCGUGCGUGACGACUUAGUCAAUCGCCAGUUCCUGGCCACGGCAGACUUCAGUCCAGAGAUUUACGAUGAGUCCUGCACAUUCACUGACGAGAUCGACACGUAUCAGAAGGACAAGUUCAUAAAGGGCACGAAAGCACUGUUUGUGGGUUCGGAGUCCAAUGUCCAACUUGUCGGUGACGUCGACGUGCUCGAUGGCGGGAAGAAAAUCCAGUUCCGCUUCCAAGAGACCCUGGCGUUCAAUUUUCCGAUCGUACACCCCAAAGUGACUUUGUCGGGAACAUGUACUUUGACUCGCGGAGAGGAUGGAUUAAUUGUGGCUUACAGAGAGAAGUGGGACCAGUCGGUACCCGAAGUACUUCUGUCCAGCAGGCUCUAA